AUGUAUGCUGUGUAUUUGCUUCCUGAUUUCACAAUUUUCGCAGUUUUUUGUACUUCAAGGAUGGCCUCUUCCGUGAAGAAAACAUCCAACCCAGCUCAUCAUCUGGAAGUCAUGCUCGGAGGCUCUUUGAUGAGUAUAGACAAUCUUUUUUCAGUGUUAAUGAUAGGACAUGCUUUUAUAAACAAGCUUCCUUACAUUGAGCUGAAGGAGCCAUACCUUCAAAGUCUGGCAUCCUCAGGAACUCAAUUGCAAUUCUACCAGGAAGCUAGGAUUAAGACUGCAAUAUUUAUGGGGUGCAAUGUCGGAGAGAUUGAGCUAGGCAUGUCUACUGACACCCAAAUCAACUUGGAAACGGAAAUGAGAAACUAUUUCCCUGAAGAUUUCUCUCGACAACAGCAGCCCAGAGAACUUCCCCAGCCAACUGAUCAGGAUCGGCCUUCUUCAUCUUCAUCGUCUUUGUUAUCCCUCUCUCUGGACAGCACAGAAUACUCGCCUCUCUUCUUCAGCAUUCCAAGCAGUUCCUACAUUCCAGAACCCCCCAAAGAAGCACCUACUGAGCAGGCAGUGAGACCAUUAUCAACCACGACACUCCCACUCCACCAAUCCCAGGUGGAGCAAACGUUAGGAUUAGUGUCAACCACGAGUAGCCCACUACACGAAGCAAUUCAAUCCUUAAGUCAAAUCCGAGCCACUCAAUUUCCCUCAAUAGAGAUCGAAGAUGCUGCAAUGACAAAGGCCAUACUCGCGGUUUUAUCGUCUUCUACUUCUCCUUCUCCUUCUUCUUCCUCUUCAUCUCAUCAGCCCCAACAAAAUUUACCUCCCAAUUACCAAAUAAACCAGAAGGGUACUGCAUUCAAGAGCUAUAGAUCAGCUUUAGCUCCCACAAUUCCGGCAACGGCCAGAAUCCGAAGACAGAAUAUGUUGAAACGAGCAAUGACAUUCUUCAGAAACUUAAAUUUAAUGCGACGCCAAGGACAAACCCAGGGAACCCGACCAACAAGCACCCAGUUGCACCAUAUGAUAUCUGAGAGAAAGAGGAGAGAGAAACUUAAUGAAAGCUUUCAAACAUUGAGAUCACUACUUCCUCCAGGAUCUAAGAAGGAUAAAGCGUCUGUGCUUGCUAGCACAACGGAGUAUUUGGGUUCCUUGAAAGCUCAAGUUGCAGAACUUAGCCAGAGAAACCAGAUUUUGGAGGCAGCUGUGCUGCCACGGAGAGAAGUAACCGGAGAAACUAGUGGCUCAUUAGCUGAGAGGUUGGGUGUUCAGAUUACAAAUGUGGCUGAAUCAACGUCUUCGUCAGAAACGAGAAUGGUGGACUUGCAAGUGACUGCAAGAGGAGAAAGCAGUAUGGUGGAUUUAGUUAUACGGAUCUUGGAGUUCUUGAAAGGGGUUAAGAAUGUGAGCUUGAUUUCUGUAGAAGCCAACACCCAGAUGGUUGAAUCAAGUCCAGUGAAUCGGGUGGUUCUGAGAUUGAAGAUUGAGUGUGGUGAAUGGGACGAGUCUGCCUUCCAGGAAGCAGUGAGAAGGGUGGUUGAUGACUUGGCUCAGUGA